AUGAGAAAUUCAACAUGUCUUCAGCCAUCGUUAGCUACAACUGUAGCUCUACCAGUCAUCUACUCAUUCCUAUGUCCUGCUGGAAGUUUUGGAAAUAUUCUCGCUGCCUGGAUAUUUUUAAGGCAAGCACCCACAAAAAGAACACAAUACAUUUACCUGGUAAACCUUGUCACUGCAAAUUUACUCAUAUGUAGCACUAUGCCUUUUCUGGCUGCCUAUUUUGCAGGAGGGUACCAAUGGACUUAUGAGUCUGUAGCAUGCAAGAUAGCAAAUCAUGUUGGUACUACUGUGAUGCACGUCAGUAUGUAUGUUACCAUUAUAAUUUUAUGUUCAAUUGCUCUUAGUCAGUAUGCAACACUGAAGAAAAACAGUGACACACAAUACUCUCAAGCAGUUAAUGACAGCUUUUACAGAUGUGUACUUGAAAAGUUUCGUCAGCCAAAAUUUGCUAAAUAUUUUUGCAUCAUUAUAUGGCUUGCUGUGCUCUGUAUAACGGUAACAGCUAUAACAUUUAAUGUCCAACCAAGCCAUAUGGCAGAGUUUCACAGAUGCUAUAACAUCAUGGUAGAAGCUGGUGAAUUCAACGUAAGGAUUGCAUCUUCUAUUGCCACUGCAUGUUUUUUCUUAUCUUUUAUGACCGUUUUGUUGUCAUACUAUUCUCUUACCAGACAUCUGAGUAAAAUACAAAAAAAUACCUGUAUUGCAGAAAAACAUCUAAUUUAUAGAACAGUGAAAAGAAACAUUCUUGUCAUUCAGAUGAUAUUAACUGUCUGCUUUCUUCCAUAUCAUAUUUUUAGGCCAAUUUUUUAUGCACUGCUUACAAAUAGUGACUGCUCAAGGUUAAGCUAUCUAGUAGAAAUUAAAAAUUUCCUUACUUGUCUUGCUGCCACUAAGAGUAGUUUAGAUCCAGUUAUAUUCCUUCUGCUAGAUAAAACAUUUAAGAAAAGUCUGUAUGGUCUGUUUACAAAAUCCACACCAGAACAACAUAAACGUUAUGCUGAUAUUGUCACUGAACAGUUUCCCGAAACACAAAGGCAUAUGGAAAGAUUUUAG